AUGAAAGGAUACGUUAAGGUUUUGGCUUUGGCGUGCUUAAUCGCCACGGCCCAGGCAGGAUUCUUGUUUGGUGGAGGCGGAUAUGGUGGAGGAUACCGUGGGGGCUAUGGCGGCGGCGGCGGAGGAUGGGGUGGUGGCGGUGGUGGAUGGGGAGGCGGCUAUGGUGGUGGUGGAGGCGGCUAUGGCGGAGGUUCCCAUGUUACCGUUUACAAAAUUAUAACUCUAGGUGGAGGUGGAGGCGGUGGAUGGAGUGGUGGUGGCGGCGGAGGUUGGAGCGGAGGUGGCGGCGGUGGCGGCUGGGGAGGUUGGGAUAGAAAAUAA